GGAGCGGCAAGAAGGAGGCGGCGCGCGGAGGCGGGAGGCGCAGAACCCAAUCGCUGAUCCCCCGGCCGCGGCGCCGCCUCCGCCAUUGCUGCGCGCGGGAGCAGGCGACGCGGAGCCUUGGUGCGCGCCUGGAACCUAGAGCUGCCGGAGUCGGGCGUGGGGCCCCAGCCUCGAAUCUUUCGCAACCAUGGUGAAGUUGGGGAACAAUUUCGCAGAGAAGGGCACCAAGCAGCCACUGCUAGAGGAUGGCUUCGACACUAUUCCCCUGAUGACGCCCCUCGAUGUCAACCAGCUGCAGUUCCCACCCCCGGAUAAGGUCGUUGUGAAAACUAAGACUGAAUAUGAACCUGACCGCAAGAAAGGCAAAGCGCGUCCUCCCAAGAUAGCUGAGUUCACUGUCAGCAUCACGGAAGGAGUCACCGAGAGGUUUAAGGUGUCCGUGCUGGUCCUCUUUGCUCUGGCGUUCCUCACCUGUGUCGUCUUCCUGGUCGUCUACAAAGUGUACAAGUAUGACCGUGCCUGCCCUGAUGGGUUUGUUUUGAAGAACACCCAGUGCAUCCCAGAAGGCUUGGAGAGCUACUACACAGAGCAAGACUCCAGUGCCCGGGAGAAAUUUUACACUGUCAUAAACCACUACAACCUGGCCAAGCAGAGCAUCACCCGCUCCGUGUCGCCAUGGAUGUCAGUUCUGUCAGAAGAGAAGCUGUCAGAACAGGAGACCGAAGCUGCUGAGAAGUCAGCUUAGCGAGCUGGGCAGGUUCCUUAUAACGUGUCACUUGAAGGCAACAAAGGGACUUUGAGGGACAUUCAUUAAAUAUAAUUACCGAUAAUUUAGAGAUUACCCAUUUACGGUGCAAUUGCUUCUGUUUGCUAAUGCUGCUUUGCAUAUAAAACUUGCUGCGGACCACCCACAGGCAUAAGAACAAGCGCAUCUCAGCAUUGCUUAGAGAGCUAGAUGCCACCCUCCAUGCCAAGGAGCCUUCAUUUUAGCUCCUUCACUGGGAUUCAC